UGUCGUAAAAAAUUAUUUAUCUUUAAUUGAUCAUCUUUCCUGUUCAUUUAGAUUCUUUUCAAAACGGAAAAGUCAAUUUCAACAUUAGUUUUUUUUUUAUUUAUUUUUGAUAACUUUACCAAUUCAGAAGCCCAGCUGAUUUUUACCGAUAAUCACAUAAUUUUUUUUUGUGUAUGUCAUUAGAUUAGUUUUUAUUUGUAUAUUUCUUUAACAAUAGUUUUUCAUCUACAGAAUAAUUUAUUUAAGGCAUCGAUUUUGUUAAAGGUAUCGAUUAUUUCUUACUCCGUACAGUACUGGAGCCUUUUCUGUUAAUUCUGAGGCAGCGCUAAAUAUUGAUCGUAACUCACUGUGUUCAUAUGGAGUAAACAGAAAAAAACAUGGCGCUUGACAGACGUUUGUUUCCCUCGGUUGUCGUUACCAUUGUAAUUUUUCAGUUAAUUGAUGCAUAAAAAAAUUUUCAAUUUUGCUCCUUUUUCGGCAACAGGGGACCGAAACCUCAGUCAAAUUUAAGGAAUUGUACUUGGUUUCAGUUAAAUUCAUGCUGUAUGCAGGAGGAAAUCGAUGCUACUUUUGGGAAAGUGAAACCAUUAAUCGGUGCUUCUACAGCAUGCCAAAGAUAUACGAACUACCUUAUGUGUUAUAUAUGCGCCCCCUACCAAAACAGAUUUUACAUGUUUGAAAGGCUGACAGUGUGUGAGGAAUUCUGUGACAAUUGGUUUGAAGCUUGUGGGUCAGCCAUACUGAAAGGCGUUGUUAUUAAGGAUUUAUAUAACAACGGGAAAGCUUUCUGCAAAGGACGAUCGUUCGAAGUUGAUUCCUUUGCAAAUGAAAGGUGUUAUAAUUUCGACCGCAAACUGGACAAAACUAGCAGAGGGACUACAUUAUUGUUGGACGAGAUGUUCAGUGUUUAUGUAUUUUUUGUAUGGAUUUUUUAUAGAUUGGUUUUCUGAUUUCAUUUGUUUUAAUUCUAGAUCUGAAACAACGAACUUUGUUAGGUCAUGCAUUCUAGCAAUGUACAGCGAAUGUUAUGAGACUUUAAAAAUAUUUCAUUUUGAUAUAUUAAUUUUUCUAUUAUAAAAUCAUGUAUGUUUAAAUUUACUUGUCAUUAAAUAUCUUAGAAUCGUA